AUGGGCGUCAAAUUGAAGAAGACGGAGAGUGAACAGAGCCUGCUUGGACUUCGGGACGGUACUUCGGGCGAGGCCUCAGAAGAUAAUUCUCCCCAUGGAAGCAGCCUUGUUCAGAGCUCGCAAAUUGACACAACGACCGCACAGGCUGCAAAGUCAAAUAGUGAAGAAUCCCUCGAAGAAUGCUCAAAGCUCGACUCCGACGAGUAUUCAGUCUGCGAAGUCAACAAAUAUUUUGCCAAAGCACUGUCGAUGUUCCGUAAGAAGCGCAAUACGAACCUCCCCAAGAAUUUUUCGGACUUAUCAGACGAGCUUAGAUUGAAGAUUAUCCGGUUCGCAUUGGACACAAGCUACACAGAAAUAUAUGAGGAGUAUGGGCAACGCAUACCCACCAAAGCUGCGAUCUUGGGAGUUAACUACAUGUUCCGACACGAAGCUCUCAAGCAAGCGGACUUCCCACUUCGCUACACGGGAUUUCGUCUACGAGGGGUUCCUGGCUAUAAUGGUGGCAAUUUUAUUGCCUAUCCGAAACCAGAGGACGGAAUCCCUGAUUCUCGAGUUUUCGAUGCCAUAAUACCUCAAUGGAUCCUGGAGAUUGGUGACUGGGACAUAUCGGCGAUGGUCCCAGCCCAGUCAAAUCUCUAUAUCUUGUACAGAUUUCCGACAUUCAAUGCGAAGGCUAUAUCUCGAAUAGCUCAAUUCUGUUUGAGAGAUGUCUUGGUUUCCUUGAUUGAUGCUACGGUCUUAUCAGGGGUCGUUAAUUCCAAGCCUUGGUAUGUUACUUCUGAUAGUCGUGGGCCUUUCUUCAAUGGGGAGGAGGAGGUUGCCAAGGCCUUGAAGGAAGAGUUAGGAAAGCUUGAAAGCCUGCGUGGAUCACCUAUGCUGGACAAUGUUGAGCCAAGAAGAUGUUCAAAGUCUAUCGAUGCGCUGUGGGGCUUCUAUGAAAUCUACGAAAGUCGAUUGAUGCAGGUUCAUCGUUACCAUCACAAUCUCCUCUGGCGGCAAGUCAAAGCAUCAAAGAGAACACUGCGGCGAUGA